AUGUUCUCGCACCCGUUUCACGGCGCCGGCCCGUCUGAUCUCUCCCAGUCCGGCUCCGGCUCUGGCCGUCCUCUGAUGGCAGCCACCGGCCCGUCUGCUGUCGGCAAUAGUAAUAGUAACGCCCGUGCGCGACCAUGUGACACGUGCCGUGUUCGUAAGACGCGGUGUGUAAAGGAGGAGGGUCAGACGAGAUGUGUUUUAUGUACUUUUCACAACCAGCCUUGUACGUUCCUGCGUGGACCUACACCUCGUCAAAGGAGACAGAAUCGGGAAAAGGAACGUGAGAAGCAGAGUGACGCUCGAGAUGGGGAUGAGAACCAGGGAAACUCUACGACUUCGCCUGUCGCGGGCUUUGAGACGGGGGCGUCUCCGUCGAGUCGACAUGGCGAUGCUGCGUCUACUCCCGCAAGUGUGGAAAGUAACCAACAGUUCACUCAGAUGCAGCAGAUGAUGCCCUUUGAGGAGAACAUGCCUGAACCGUCUCGACCUAGUAUUCUCAGCAAUACCCUCGGUCUAGACUUGAAGACGCAUGCUGAGUAUAUCGGACCAACCGACUAUCGUGACCCUGUUCUUCUCGACCUCCAUCGCCCGAAUCCGUUGAGCCAGGAGGCUCCGCCGCUGUCUACAACCUCUACGUUCGCUAGACGACUGGACUAUCAGACUGUCUUCCUCGUUCAUCCUGAUGAAUCAACUGCUUCCGAGAAGAUGCGCAUUGCAGAUCUGGAUGCCAUCGAAGCGACUGUUCAUCCUCUUGGCCGCACGCUGGUUGAUCUUUACUUCCGAAUUGUUCAUCCCAGUUUUCCGAUUUUGCAUAAAGAUGUAUUCAUCAGCAAGCACCGACUAUCUCACCGACAUUUCGCACCGUCUUUACUUGCUGCGGUGUAUCUGGUAGCUCUCGAUUGGCAACUAUACGACAGUCAACUUGCAGGACGUGAAGUCGAAUCUAUCCCGGAUCCAGCUGCCCUCGAGGAAUUAGCUGAACGAACUAUCAACCAGGAUAUGCGACGACCCAAGCUUAGUACGCUGGAAGCUGGGUUACUUCUUCUCCAACGAAACCGAAAGAUUGUCGAGUCUGGAUCUCACACGCACCCAAUGUCGAACCGCAUGUUCACAGCUCAGAUUGUCGCCAUGGCUCAAGAUCUGGGUAUUCACAUCGACUGUAGCUCUUGGUCAAUACCCGCAUGGGAAGUCGGUCUGCGACGACGGCUGGCUUGGGCUCUGUACAUGCAAGAUCGCUGGGGAGCGUGUGUUCACGGACGACCCUUUCUGAUUCAAGACAACGACUGGGACGUUCGGCCUUGCACGGCACCAGAUUAUCCCGAACUCGGUCAGAUGGAUCCUGAAGCGAACCCGGAUCAUACUUCACCUAUCAUUGUUGGAUGGGACUUGUUCAUUCGUCACAUUGAGUUGACGCAGAUUCUGAGUGAUGUAAUUCGCACAUUCUACAGCGCUGCAGCCACUCGAGUUGGAGGGACAUUAGAUCAGAUGGGCGUUGUUGCUGCUGUUGAAUUGGCCAAACCUCUGGUCUUUCGUCUUCGAGAGUGGCAUGCAAAUCUACCAGCUCGACUUCAAUUGCAGAAUACUCAGCUCAGAGAAUUAUGUGCCAAUGGAGCUCUUCAUCUCGCCCAUGCAGCAGUAGAAAUCGCACUCCAUCGUGCUUUGGUCCGAAUCACAACACCAGACACACCUGCGUCUCUUUACGAAGUUUUACGAUCAACAGCUCGAGCCAAACUUCAAUCAGCGAUUGAACUGCUAGGAUCCCUACGUCCUGAGCACACUGCUGCAUUCUGGGGAAGCGCCGCAGCGUAUCAAGCAGCCGAGAUAGGAUCUCUGGCCGGUCUACUCUGGGCUACAGCAGACUCAUUCGAUGAGAUGGCAUGGUGUGCAUCUCGAGUCGACGAGCUUAGAUGGGCAUUGAGAGUCCGUGGUGCAGCGGCACCCUUUGCUAGAGAAGCAUUGAGACUUCUUGAGCGUGAUAUUGGUGGUCUCGGUAUGGUCAAGACUGCCAAUGACAGCAUCUCAUGA